CCCACUCUUCACUUAUUACUAACUCAGCUGGUCAUUACUUUUUUUUUAAAAAAGUUACAAAUCCGGAUCAUGGUGGUGCCGAACUGGUUUCACGCAGCCUUCGGAUUGCUCCGGCAAAUCGAACCGAUCAUCGUGCUCGAGGAGCUGGGCAGCACUCUCUUCGACACCGCGCUGCAGAUGGUGGUCAAGGACCGGUAUGCAAACGCCACCGAACCGGGUCACUCCGCGGAGGACGCCCAGCAGAAAGCCAUAACCGACUUCUACAUGACCAACAACCUCAUCAUCCAGCUGACUCCCAUCAUACCUGCGCUGAUCCUGGCCAAACUAAGCGACCGCGGGUGGAGGAAAGCACCCAUCGUGACGCCCCUCACGGGUUACCUGCUGUCCAGGCUCAUUCUGCUCCUGGUGGUAGUUCUCCGGCUCCCGCUGCAGGUGAUGUACGGGGCGGGGGUCCUUUUCGGGCUCUCCGGCGGGUACACCUCUUAUUGGCCCGGUGUGAUGACUGUGGUUUCGCUCGACACCACGGCGACCGACCGCUCCAAGGUGUUGAUGAAAGUGGAGCUCCUGUAUGGGAUAGCAGGCCUGGUGGGCAGCCUGGUUUCUGGCCAUCUGUUCUGUCUGUACAGCUCCAGUUUGGGGAAUGGGACCGUCCUGCUUAUUGUCAGCACCCUGCUGCAUCUGCUCUGCCUCUUACACUCCAUAUUCCUGCUGCAGGUGAAAGGCGUAAGCAACAGAGAGCCAGAGGAAAAGCACCACCUCCUGUCUCACGCCUCCACUAACACUCCAGUCGUCGAGGCUCCCAUUGGGAUAAACAAGGUGAACGUGGCUCUGCUGUUUGUGGCUGCCAUCCUGUAUGACUUUGCGGUUGGCGGAGCCGUGGAAGUACUGGGUGCCUUUGUGCUGAAAGCGCCGCUCAGCUGGGAUGCCACUCUGGUGGGUUACGGGAACGCAGCAGGCUGUGUGAUCUUCCUCACCAGUUACUUCGGUGUCAUUGGGUUUCGACGCUGCUGCAGUGACACCUCGCUGAUCCUGAUCGGCAUGCUAUCAUUUGCCUUCGGCAUUUACUUCAUGUCCUUUGUAACAACAACCCUCACCUUCUACCUCGCUCGUGCACUCACCCUGUUUGCUCUCAUCCCGAUGACCACAAUCAGAGCUCUGCUCUCGCAGCAGGUUCCAGCUUCUUCAUAUGGUAUUACUCUCACCUCCCUGCAGCUCGCUCUGAAGUUUGCCAGCCUGGCGUACAUCCCUGCUUUUACUAAGCUCUAUCAGGGGACCCUGGACUGGUUCCCAGGCUUCGUUUUCACAUUCGCCAGCAUCUUCACAGUGCUGGGAAUGAUACCCAUCAGUAUCGUCGGCUGCAGAUCACCUCAGAGGCAGCAGUACGAGGAGAUUUAGAGCAGCAGAGGCGGCGACGUUAUCACCAGCUGCGAGUGUGCGUUGGUGCAAGGGAAAAGGGAACUGAGACUUGAAAUGGUCCAAAAUGUGCUUAAUUCUACUUCCUAUGUUGUUAAAGAUGCAGGAAAAGUGUUUCCUUCCCUACAGGCUUGUUGUGUUACAAAGGGUGCAAACAAUAAGUUUUACGUCUAUUUGAGCAGUUUACAGUACAUAAAAAAUGCCCUUAAAUUAAAAAAGGUCUGUGUGGAUAGGUGACACACUGACUGGAUGCUGCCGUACCAGUUUGACAGCAAGUUACAAACUGUUGAAGUUACAAUAGAUACAAGCAGAUGUCAUCAGUCGGUCAACUUUGUGCCUACUGCUUCAAAAAGAGAGGAGCUGCCACAGUGAUUUCGACACAGUGUCGAUUUGUCAGGGACUGCGUCAUACAUGAAAAGUCCCUUGUGUGAAGUAGGGUGAAUUAAAACUACGUGUGUAUACUUUAUGCUCGCUGACUUAACACAUUUAGCCAUUUCCGACAGCAGACCUGUUACUCACAGUCUGUUUUCAGCUGUGAGUCGUGUUUUAAACCACUUAGGUGGGAGUUUUGAAUCCUGAAGUCUACAGGAAUAUAAACUUUGACACAAGUUGGUCUCUGUUAUAAGGAUUUUAUAAAUGCGUUAUCCAAAGGUUUACCGGUUUUUGUUUAACUGCCUACUUUGGCUAGAAGUGGAAGUGUGGUUAGAAAUCAGUUUUGUUUGGCUGCUGCUGGGUCACCCAACUGUUUGUGUAUUUAAGGACUUUGCUGCUGUUACUGUACUCGCACAGAAAUGUGCACCAAACUUAAUGAGAGCGCUGCUCUGUUUUCAGCUUAGCUGCAGUUUGAGGUUACAGGUUUUAUCAGACGCAGAAGCCACGCCCAUCUUUUGUACUGUUUAUGGUCUGUGUCCUGUUCACCUUAACUCCUCUAAAGGGCACUGCUUCUAAACACCUUGAGGCAACUGUUUGUUGUGAUUUGGUGCUAUAUGAAUAAAAAUGAAUUGCUUCUCAACCUAGGUUUGCUGCUGUAAACCUAGAUUUAGUUUUAUGGAAGCUUGUUUACGCCAGUAAACAAAAAAAUGCCAUCCAUACAUCAAAAUUUUGGGUUAUCAUCUCAAAAAUGUUACUUUCUAACUCAAACUUUUGAGAAAAUAACUCUGAAUUGAGAAAAUAACUUGACAUUUUGAGUUAUUAAGCCAAACUUUGAGGUAAAAACUCUGCCAAACAGGAAGAGGUGGGGGUUUUUUGCCAGUUGCAGAAACCAGCUUCAGUGGUAUAUUAAGUACCCUGUUAUUAGUACCUAAGUGUCAGUGGCAGCUGAUUCAUUGCAUGCACUGCUUUUUAAUUCGGCAGGGUUUGCAUACACAUCACUACAGAUUGGGCAACAAGCCCAGCAAAUUAGAAAAAAAAUUCCUCUAAGUCUGCUGCUCACUGUUGCACAUUAUAACACUGAAACAUGAUGUUCAAUCCAGAAACUGUAACAAAACAUUGACCACUGUUGCUCAGAGGAUAUUAGUCAUUUUUAAAAUAUCAAAUAUUCUGCCAUCCAUGUGUUCCCUGAUGGCAAACCAGUGUGACUUAGUAGCAAAAAAAAGGUCACUACUUCUUCAUUUCUGUGCUGCCAGAAACACAAAAACACAGAAAUGAGUGGCUACAUGUAACUUUUGUUCACUUCACUCCAGUUUCACAGCACAUUAAUGCUGUAUAUUUGACAGAUUAAUCAUACUGACGCAGUUUGAAAGGAAACAAAAGGGAAAAUAUGAGGGAAGGGAAAAUAAGGGACAGCAUGAACGAACAAUCACAAGUGCAUGGACGUGUUCUGCAGAUGGGAAAACAUGGCUAUUCUACCUCUAUUCUAGCUGGGGGGUGUUGACUCAAUGCACUAGUCACAGAUAUUUUUGAAAAAAAAAAAAGAAGUCAUAUUUGGUGUCUUGCACACGAGUGCUUUACAUGACUUGAAGUGAAAACAGGCAGUUUAUGGGAUUUAGGAGUGAAACAACAGUUGCUGCUGCUGCAAGUCAGAAAGAGCAGUUUUUCUGGGGUUUUCAAUGUAAUAUUUUAACACGCGGGUGCGUGUAUGGUUGUUAUUAAUGGCAGUGGGUAGGUGCUCGCCUUGCAGCCGGAGAGUUUGCCGGUUCAAGCCCCUGUCCCUGCGUCCUUGGGAAAGGCAUUUAAACCACAUUGCCUAACGGUAGCGCCGGUCUCUGGCAGCAUGACUGCAGAUGCUCGUCUCUGGAUGAGUGAUCUGGAAAGAUCAUUUCGUUGUGUGCACAAUGACAAUGAGUUGAAUCUAACAUCUACUUUAUAUACACAGGUAAUCUUCCAUUUAAAGGUACUGCACAGUUUACCACCUGGUAAACUGUUUUUUAUGCAUGGAUUUAUGUGGCUAUUAUAAGCUUAUUUGUGUAUCUUUAGUAGUGCUUAUAGUAUUGAUUGAAGGGCGCCAAAUGCAGCUUUUAUUAUCGUUAUUUUACAUGCACCCUUUUGUUAUUGCACUUUGAUUUGUUGACAGCUCACAAGGGAGGCUGCUCCUGAUGAUGUUCUUAGUUUAAAUGAAGUGAUUAAACAUAAAGUGAAAGGUUUCAACCUGCAACAAAAUUGCCUAAAAGUCUCUUUUUGUU